AUGAGUCACUUCUCGCAAAUCGCAUGCGAAGUAUGUCGUACGAAGAAGAGGAAGAUUCCAACCUGUUCUCAAUGCGUCCAUGCCAGCCAGACUUGUACUUAUCCAGGCACCAACAAGAGGGGUCUACCAUCCGGCUACCUGGCCAACAUUGAAGAAAGACUUGCCCAAACAGAAAACGCAUUGUUACAAGCUCUAUCUAUCAUUCACGGAUCAGAAUCUCGACAAGAUUCAAGUCAACCACAUCCGGAAGUAUCGCUCGCACGAACUGAGAGGCCUCGGGAGCUUGAGUUCAACGAAGUUCGGAUUGCCAGAGUUGAAGAGUGGCAAAAUUUCCCACUCGAAACGCUGGAACAACAACAGCACUGGAUGCAUAAUAGACUGGCACCGAACGGAGCACCGACUGCAUCAGACUCAAUCGAGCGCCAACGAGAGACCUUGAAUAUGACGAGCGAAGCGGGCAAACGACAACGCAACCAAGACAAAACUUCGGCAAGAAAAAGACAGAGGUCUGUGUCCGGACUGCGAAACACACCAGAUCUCAAAGCAGGCCAUAGGUUCCAGUCUACCACACCGACAGAAUCUGACAUGCUGUCUACAUACCUCGGGACCGCUGCUUCGAGCCCGCAACGCCAGCAAGCAAACGUUACCUGUCCAGCACUACACCUUACAUCAAGUAUACCUCAAACCAGAGUCUCAGAACAUCCAGGUCCAGGGUCAGAAAAUCCACCGGAGCAGUCCAAAGCCAAGAAACUCGCAACUCUACACUCGCGGAAGUAUUUUUGA